AUUUGAAGACUAUUGUUAUUUUAGGAACCCCCAAAGUUGGAAAAACCAGUCUUUUUCGCCAAAUAGUUAAUCAACAUUCAUUAGUCGGGGACAGAAAACUCGCCAAAAUCAGCCCAAUAGUUAACUAUACUGAAAGUCUAAUCAAAAUAGAAGAAAAUUUUUACAAGUUGAUUGAUACUCCUCCUCUGCUACUUCGUCCCCACGCCGAAAUAGAAAAAGCGAGAGAGAAACAGAUUGAAGAAUUAUUAAAAAAAAUCGAGGAAGACACAAAAAAGGAAAAGUUGAAUUUACUUAUUUUUGGUCCGCCUAAUUCGGGUAAAUCGACUCUCAUGAACUAUUUACUCCAAGAAAAUCGUUCUUUGGCUACUCCGUUGGCUGGGACCACCCAAGAACCGAUUUUUCAGAUUAUUAAUUUGGGAGAAAAAUACCACAAGCCACUUUUUAUAAUUGUCAACAAAUGUGAUUUAUUACCCGACCAAAGAUUAAUAAUUUCGGAAUUAAGAAACCGUUUAAAAUCUCUUGGUUAUUGUCCUGUCAUCUGUCUUUCGGUCUUAAAAGGAACCGGAUUUAGUUCGUUGGCGGAAAGUUUAAACAAAAUUAGCCAAGCAAUCGAACAAAUGAUUGCGGCUAAUUCGCCGCUUUACCACCGGGGCAAUAAAUUAAAAAUUUAUUUUGCCCGGCAAGAGGCGGCCGAAGAAAAAAUUAUCGCCGACCUUAAAUUAGAAUUAGAAGAAAAAUCUAAUCAUUAUAUUUUUUGUUAUUGUCAUUUAACUCCCAAACUAAUUCGUUUUCUUACUAAAACUACCGGAAUAAUUAGUUUCUUAAAUUACAAAAAAAAUGACUUACGAUUACCUAAUCCUGUUUCUCCCGAAGUCAUAAAAAAACUUUUUUCCGUGCCGCUCCCAAAAAAUCUUACCCCUUUCCAACCUGCCGAUUUAAAUGUUGGUGAUUUGGUUCUAAUUAAGGAAGGGAAUUUUUCUAAUUGCGAAGGACGUAUUACUUAUUCGAGUGAAAAAAAAGUUAAAAUUGACCUAGACUUUUUGGGAAGAAAAAUAUCUCUCGAUGCUCUUCCCGAAAAUUGUCAAAAAUUACUCAUUUAG